AUAUAUGCUUUGAACACUAAAAAUGAUGAGCAUGAAUCUGUAAUUCAAGCCCUCAGAGAUGCUCAUGAAGAAGAAAUCCAACAAAUUCUUGCAGAAACAAGAGAAAAAAUACUGCAAUAUAAAAGCAAAGUAACAGAGGAAUUAGAUCUUAAGAAAAAGAUUCAAGUUUUAGAAGCUUCAUUAGAAGAUCACAUAAAAAUGAAGCAGCAGGCCUUGACAGAAUUUGAAGCCUAUAAGCAUAGAGUUGAAGACAUGCAACUUUGUGCAGAAGCCCAGCAUGUCCAGCGCAUAGUGACCAUGUCUAGAGAGGUUGAAGAGAUCAGAAGGAAAUUUGAGGAAAGAUUACGGAGUUUUGGACAGCUCCAAGUACAGUUUGAAAAAGACAAGCGUUUGGCAUUGGAAGAUUUGCGAACUGCUCACAGACGGGAAAUCCAAGAGCUGCUGAAGUCACAGCAAGAUCACAGUGCCUCCAUCAAUAAAGGGCAGGAGAAGGUAGAGGAGCUGCACAGAAUGGAGGUGGAGACCUUAAACAAAACACUGGAAGAGCUAAGACUUGAACGGAAAAAGCUAAUUGAGGAUUAUGAAGGCAAGUUGAAUAAAGCUCAGUCCUUUUAUGAACAUGAGCUCGAUACUUUGAAAAGGUCACAGCUUUUUACAGCAGAAAGUCUGCAGGCCACCAGAGAAAAGGAAGCUGAUCUUAGAAAAGAAUUUCAGGGACAAGAAGCAAUUUUACGAAAAACCAUAGGAAAAUUAAAGACAGAGUUACAGAUGGGACAGGAUGAAGCUGGAAGUCUUCGUGACAGAUGCCAAAAGCUUCAGAUCGCACUUGUUACGGCAGAGAGCAGCAUUCAGGUUCUUCAAAAACAGCUUGAUGAUGCCAAGGAGGGAGAGAUGGCCUUAUUAAGCAAGCACAGGGAAGUGGAAAGUGAGCUGGCAGCAGCCAGAGAACGUUUACAACAGCAAGCUUCAGAUCUUGUCCUCAAAGCCAGUCAUAUUGGAAUGCUUCAAGCAACUCAAAUGACCCAGGAGGUUACAAUUAAAGAUCUAGAAUCAGAAAAAUCAAGGGCCAAUGAGAGAUUAUCUCAGCUUGAAGAAGAAAGAGCUUUUUUGCAAAGCAAAACUCAAAGUUUGGAUGAAGAGCAGAAACAGCAGAUUCUGGAACUGGAGAAGAAAGUAAAUGAGGCAAAGAAAACUCAACAAGAAUAUUAUGAGAUGGAGCUAAAAAACCUGCAAAGUAUUUUGGAAGGAGAGGUGGCUCAAUUAAAUGAGGCCCAUUCUAAGACUUUGGAAGAAUUAGCUUGGAAGCACCAUAUGGCAAUUGAGGCUAUCCACAGUAAUGCAAUUAGGGAUAAGAAAAAAUUGCAAAUGGAAUUGGAGGAACAAUAUAAAAAGGAGAUGCUAAACCUGGAAGGGGAUAAAAAUCAGCUUCAGCAAGAGCUAGAACACCUGAAGAAAGAACUGGAAGACAAGCUGAAUACAGCCAAUCAGGAGGUGACAAUUCUUUAGGCCUAUCACUUAAUGUUAUGUCUUAAUGAUAAUAUCUUAUUUGGUAACACUGAAUAAGUAAGUGAGCAGUGUUGAUGAUAA